AUAUGGUCAGAAUUCGAAGGCCAAUAACUUUGCUGAGGAAAAACUAUACUUGUAGUUUUGUGUAGAAAUGGCUGCUGAAGCUCCCGUUAUUCCUCUUUUAACACCUUACAAGAUGGGCAAUUUCUGUCUAUCGCAUAGAGUUGUUUUGGCUCCACUGACUAGACAGAGAUCUUAUAAUAAUGUUCCUCAGCCCCAUGCUAUCUUAUAUUACUCUCAGCGAACUUCCAAAGGGGGUCUUCUGAUAGCUGAAGCUACUGGUGUUUCUGACACUGCUCAAGGGUAUCCUCAAACACCAGGUAUUUGGACAAAAGAGCAAGUGGAAGCAUGGAAACCCAUUGUGGAUGCUGUUCACGCUAAAGGUGGAAUAUUCUUUUGUCAGAUUUGGCACGUUGGAAGGGUUUCAAAUUCAGAUUAUCAACCAAAUGGGCAGGCCCCAAUAUCUUGUACAGAUAAGGGACUUGCUCCGCAAAUUCGGGCUAAUGGAAUUGAUGUAGCACAAUUUACACCACCAAGGAGGCUGAGGACAGAUGAAAUUCCUCAAAUUGUCAAUGACUUCAGACUCGCUGCAAGGAAUGCUAUGGAAGCUGGUUUUGAUGGGGUUGAGAUUCAUGGUGCCCAUGGUUACCUUCUUGACCAGUUUAUGAAAGAUCAGGUUAAUGAUCGAACAGAUGAAUAUGGCGGAUCACUAGAGAACCGUUGUCGAUUUCCCUUGGAGGUCGUUAAAGCUGUGUCAGAUGAGAUAGGACCUGAGCGAGUUGGAAUUAGAUUAUCACCUUUUGCGAAUUAUUCUGAAUGUGUAGACUCCAAUCCUGAAGAACUUGGCCUAUACAUGGCAAAUGCUCUGAACAAAUAUGGUAUUCUGUAUUGCCACAUGGUAGAGCCGAGGAUGAAGACUGUUGGAGAAAAGGUUGAGAGCCCUCAUAGUCUUGUGCCAAUGAGAAAGGCCUUCAAUGGCACGUUCAUCGUUGCUGGGGGCUAUGACCGCAAAGAGGGCAACAAUGCAGUGGCUGAGAACCGGGCAGAUCUUGUCGCAUAUGGUCGCUGGUUCUUGUCCAAUCCUGAUUUGCCCAAGAGAUUUGAGCUUGAUGCUCCUCUCAACAAGUACAACAGAGACACAUUUUAUAUUCCUGAUCCAGUUGUUGGAUAUACAGACUAUCCAUUUCUAGAUGGAAGUUUUCAAGUCUGAUUGCUGAAGGGUGUGUUUUUGAUCCCUGCUCUUCUUUACUGCUUUGUACUUGAACAUUCCAAUUUCAAUAGUAACCUUCGUUUGUCAACAAGAUUCAUUAGGCAACUGUUAUGUACUUGUUUGUGUCCUGCUAUUUCUGUGGUUUAUAGCGCUAUUUCUGUGGUUUAUAGCCGCCAAUGGAUAACAAAAUUUUUGUAACUGGUGAUGGAUGCUUAAAGAUUCCAUAAUUUGGCUUCCACUUUUAGCUGUGGCUUUUUGCCCAUGCAA